CGAAACUCUAUUUACCUAUACUACCUGAAAAAGUUUAUUUUCUAGCUUAAUUAUAUAUUUAAGACUUGUAUUGUUGGCAAAACUGAAUAGUGCAACAAAAAUGGAUGCAGAGAAGAUUGUGGAAAAUAUGAAAGCAGUCUUAAAAAAGGCUAAAAGGAGAAAAUCUUGUCAUAAAAACAAAACUCAAGAAGCAUCAAAUAACGAAGAAGAUAAACUUAUUAGUGAAUUGAUGACAAAAAACUGGAAAAUGAAGACUCCUCCAAUAAAUAAAAAGAAAGACGAUAGUGAGUGUGAUAAUGAAGUUGUGAAACAGAAAGUAAAUGCAUUUGAGAAAUUAAUGUCACGAAGAAGUAAUCCAGAUUCUCCUAGUCAGAACCAAAAAGUAAUUACAACACCAGAAACUGCGACUGAUAACAGUAAAAAAGUAAAAAGAAAAUACCAGAAAAAGAUUAAAAAUUGUCUAAACAGCAGUAGCUUUGAGGCAGAUAAAUCAAUUUUGGAGGCAAAUUCUUUUAAAGAUUCUCAAAAUACAGUCUGUAAUGGUGAUAAAGCAAGCAUUCCCGAGAUUCUUCCACAUUUAGAAGAGAUAGAAAAUGUUUCAAGUAAUAUAAUAGAUUCAACAAAAAAGAGGACAAGAAUAAACGAUACAUCAUUAGAAAACAGUUCCAAGAAGCGUAAAACAAGGGAUAAUAGAAUGCAAUUAGAUUCAAAUGAGAACUCAAUAGAAAACAGAGAAAAUCAUUUGACUGAAAGACCAAAAAGAUCGUGUGUAAACAAAAUUGAUUAUUCAUUAUUUGCUAAAAGUCCCGAUAAGGAAUCACCAGAAAAGAGGAGCAAUCGAGCUAAAUCGAGCAGUAAAACAAGCACAAAAAAUUCAGAUUCUAUUUUAGAUUUGCCUGUAAUUGAACCAAAAGAGAGUAUGAAACUUGCUCCACUAUUUACAAAAAAGGCUCAACAAAUUAUACCAGAAGUAACUCCAACAAAGGAGGAAUUGAAAUUCACAUCAGAAAGCUUAAUCCUAAAUUCACCAGAACAACCUGUAGAUAUAAAUGAUAUUAAUAAAUCAGGAAGGCCAAGAAGGUCAUGCGUGAGUAAGAUUGAUUACUCACAAUUAAUAAACAGUCCAGACAAGAAGUCGCCAGAAAAAAAACCUUUACGUCAAAAACUUGAAACGGAGAAUACUACUCUAAAUCCUGAUCAUAUUGUGCAAAUAACUUUAAAAACAGAAGAAAAUCCAAGUCUUGCUCCCGUUUUUGCAAAGAGAGGUAGAAAACCGAUUAUUAAAAACCAUGAUGAGAUUGAUGAUUCUAUACUUGAUAAAAAACCGGAUUUAAAUGAAGUUAUCGAGGAAAAUAAUAAUAUGGACGAACCAGAAAAUGUACAAUCAGGAAGACCAAAAAGAUCAUGUAAAAGUAGAUUUGACUAUUCUCAACUUUUUGGUAGCCCAGAUAAACAAUCACCAGAAAAAAAGGCUAACAAUUUGAAGUCGAAAAAGACAAACAACGAAGAUGUUAUAAUUAUUGAUGAGAGUUCUCCGGUUAAGAAAACUAAGCAAAAUGUAAAACUUGCUCCAUUAUUUGUGAAGAAGGUUCCAAAACCGGCAAUUGAUCCAGCAAUUUUAGAAGCCCGAAGAAACUUCCUCUUAUCAGAAUUGCCUGCAAACUUACGUGCUCCUAUUGAAAAACAAAGGCAAUUUGAAGAGGAUAUUUUAUCCAAUGAAAUGAUUGCAUUUCCAAUAAUAUCUCAUAUUACACAAUUAAAGAAAGACUAUGAAGAAUGUUAUGAUUGUAAGACUUUGUAUAGUAAAUCAAAAAUAAGAAUAAUUGAAAAAGAUGAAGAUAGCCCAACAAUUACUAAAGACAUGCUGAUGAAGUGUGGCUUACUGACUGAUUGCAGCAAUGUAGACUUUAAUAACUCUGUGAUAAAGCAUAAUGGACUGAUAAAAGAAGAGAGUAAAGCAAUUAACGACAUCAAAGAAGCAGUAAGAAAAAUAAAAGAUACCAGUGGAACUUUUCCGGUUAAUAGAUGUUUCAAACAAAUCUUAAGUAAACUAAAAAGCGCAAAAGAAAAUGAUGAAGGAAACGAGAAUGGAAUUUCUCAUCUCAAUUCAUCGUUUGUUGAAAUAUUCAAACCCACAAGCUUCGAAGAAAUUUUAAUUGGUUUAGAACCAGCAAAAAGUUUACAAGAAUUUCUUAAUACAUGGAAUAAUAAGAGCGGAAAGCACGACAAUUAUGAAUCUGAUGACAGUAGUUCACGUCAGUCUAUGAAAGUUUUGAAUAAUUGUGUGGUUCUUUCGGGGAAGAAUGGAAGUGGAAAGACGUCUAGUGUUUAUGCAUUAGCAAAUGAUCUCAAUUAUGAGGUCAUUGAAAUUAAUGCUGGUUCAAAGAGAAAUGGCAAGAAAAUUUUGCAAGAUUUAUUAGAAGCAACACAGUCACAUAGGGUAGAGAAAAACUUAAUGGAUGAUGAAUUAAGUUUAGAUAAUUUUCAAAGUGAUGCGGUUGACAAAAAGACGAUAAUAUUGAUAGAAGAUGCAGAGCUAACGUUCGAGAAUGAUGAUGGCUUUAUAUCAUCCAUACAACAACUAAUCAAUAUUAGUAAACGACCUGUUAUUCUGACCACAAAUGAUAUAAGUUGUCAACAUUUGCAAAAGUUUCUACAGCAUAAUGAAAUUAUUUACGAUAGUCCGAAAAAUUCUGUGACCAAAUAUUUAUCACUGAUUAGUAUUGCAACGGCAAAUUAUCAAAUCGAUGAAGCCGAGAUAGAAUAUUUAUACACGACUAAUAGAUACGAUUUGCGAAAAACAAUCAAUGAAAUUGAAUUUUUCAUACGAAGUGAGAGUGCUAGUGUUAACAGCGGUAGUUUAAUGGGACUAUUUUGCGAUACGAAAAACAAAAAUAGGCUUCAAAAGGGUAGUCAAUUGGCUUUUCAUACCCGAAGGGAUUUAUCAACACUGCGUUCUCAGUCAUCAAUUAUUUCGGACUGUUCAGCAUUGCUUUCGUGUUCACAGCGAGUAUCGGAGAGCAGUGAAAUUUCUUAUCACCAACACAAUUUAAUGAAUGAGAUGGCGAAUUUUUUUAAGCAAAGUAAUUUACUGAAAAUGGGUAAUCAAAAUGAUUUUACUCAAUGGAAAACACAUCGAAUAACCAGCAGCUCCAUAUCAGAUGAAAUAUGCUCAUUGAAUUCGAGCACACGAGCAAAAAAUGUCGAUUAUUCGCCUCUAUUACGUCAUAUUUGUAGGUCAGAGAAAUCCCGUGAAAUAUCGAGAAGAACAAGCCGUUCGCAUUAUUUAAGGCUUCAUCUUUUAAAUACUGUAAAUUCAAGCAAUGAUUUUUUCAACACACAGUGCUUAAUAUUUCAAGAACCCAAUGGAGAGAAUGUAUAAAGUUUUAUUACAAAUACAGUUUGUAUUUCAUUGAUGUAGUUUUAUUUAAUUUGUGUUUAUUAUUCCUAAUUUAAUUAGCGCAAUCAU